AUGAGGUCAAAUUCUACCCUUUGUCCCGAAAACAAUAUUUUUGCCAGGCCACAAGACCCCUCCAAAAGGACUAUUGUGGAAAAAAUAGUAAGUGCAACCAACAAGGCAGGUAACAUUUUUUUCACUUUAAUUUGAACAAAAAUCAAAUUAAACAUUAGUAGUGGCUAGCAAUUAAUUUAGAAAUAGUUCCAGUUAUUUAAAUGAACAUAUACUAUAUAUUAUGAAUUAAUUAGAAUUGUAAAUGUGAUAUUUUGGUAAAACAUGGAGAUGGUUGUUUGUGCCAAAUGGCUUCACAAAAUGGAGUGGUAAAAAGUAUUGCAAAAGUCUUUGCGGUAUAAUUUUAAAUUCAGGAUGGACCACUCUUCUUACAAUGUAUGUACGAUAAUCUGCACACACAUAAUGAAGCAUAAUCCAAUAGCAACUAAUAAAACAAUCGGACUGAAUUAAUAGUUACUGUGCAUAUGUACAAAUCACCAAUUUUAUAUAUUAAGUAAUCUUCCUAAUGUCUCAAUCCUUUGCAGGAUACACACGAGUCGUUGGACAAAGUAAUUGAAACCCAGAUCCAACCAGCUAUUGUGAUGGCCGGUGACCUGUACCAGGCUGACGUUAUGUAUGUCGUCGCUGAAGGAGCCAUUCUGGUGGAUAUCAAGUCAAGAAAGAUUGUGGAUGCCUUGGUUGCCUUGUUAGCUACGUAUUACAUGUACAAUGUAGAGCAAAAAGUGGGGAAAAAUGUGUUUUGCUUUCUGGACAUGGUAUUGAUGGGCAUUGUCCCACCAAAAUGCCCAGCAUAUGUUAAGACCCUUAUUGGUGUUCUGUCCAAUAUGUAA